CUCGUCAUGGCCGCCACGUUCGACUCGGCCAAUGGUCUGGCCAAGUACCUUGAUGAGCUCCCGAACGGAAGCUCCUUCUCGCAAGAGCUUGGUCACCCGAACAAGGACACCUCCAAGUACACCGACUUCGCCACCGCCUUCGCCGACGCUGGCCACUCGUGGAGUACCGACUUCUGCGGCAAGACGUUCCCAGGCGCGUCGAUGACCAACGGUGAGGCGUUCGGCGACCCGUGCUGCACGUGGAAGAAGGGCAGCAACCCGGACUUCACCGUCACGGCGUUCACGACGACGCCCGGCAAGGCCACGACCUGUGCCGCCUCGGGGUCUGCCACGCAGUCCUCGACUGCUGCGUCG